AUGCCCGCACUCCCAGGCUUCACGGACAAUCCAUUCCAGACCCGCUCUGACCUCGUACGGGCUAGCGUCGCUUUGCUAAAUCCGCUCAAACAGUACCAGUCUCCCCAAAAGGCCUUUAUCAAACUGUCCACAGACACUGCAGCAGGGUUUGAUGAGCUCUCCGCCCAACUAGAGGGCUUUGCACGGCCAUUGUGGGCCAUCGCAAGCCUUCUGGCUCCUGGAACUAGUACAGAUAGCCUUGGCCUUGAUGUGGACUCAUGGGCCUGUGGCUUACGGGCCGGUACAAACCCGGCAUCGUCGGAGUAUUGGGGUGAUCUGGGCGACUUCGAUCAGCGCAUGGUGGAAAUGGAGAGCAUCGCAUAUGCGCUGCUGAUGGCCCCUACAGCAUUCCUGUCUGGGAUGGACGCGGUGGCCCAGGAGCACCUAGAGACGUGGCUGCGCCAAAUCAAUGGACGGCAAAUGCCCCAGAACAACUGGCGCUGGUUUCGCGUGCUGGUCAAUCUGGCGCUGGGAUCCCAGGAAGAGGUUGUGGUGGCCCAGGAUUUGAAGAUGCUGGACUCAUUCGAUCUUGGUGAGGGGUGGAGUAGCGACGGGCUCUGGGGAAACGAGAGGAAACAGGCCGAUUAUUAUUCGGGAAGCUUCGCAAUCCAGUUUGCACGGAUGCUAUAUGUGAGGUUCAUGGAGGAUAGGGGCUUAGCUGCCGAGGAUCAGAGCAGGGUUGAGAAGUAUAAGCUGGAGGCGCGACAGUUUGCGUCGGGGUUUUGGAGAUAUUUUGAUGUGGAUGGAAGUGCCAUUCCGUUUGGCAGGAGCCUGACGUACCGGUUCGCGUCCGCGGCAUUCUGGUCCGCAGUCGCCAUAGCGGGUGUACAGCUCGAUGAACCGCUCAACAAGGUCGGCGUGAUCAAAGGUCUCCUCCUCCGCCAUCUCCGCUGGUGGGGAAAGCAGCCUGGCAUGUUUAACCCUGACGGGACCAUCAAUAUCGGGUAUGCCUAUCCAAACAUGUUCCUCAGCGAGAACUACAACUCCCCGCAGUCCGCAUACUGGUGUCUAAAAUCGUUCACCAUUCUUUGUCUACCUGAGAGCCACCCCUUCUGGAUAGCCAAAGAAUUACCGCACCCACUCGCAGCCCCGAUCUUGCUUACGCAGCCGCUCCUCGAUGAAGUCAAACUCCUCUGGCCGCCCCGACAUAUCCUUUGCGGCGGACGCAGCCACCACUUUCUGCUCUCGUCCGGCCAAGGGACCACCAAGCCCCACCCUGCCAGAGAGGCAAAAUACGGCAAGAUGGCCUACUCGUCCUUCUUUGGGUUCAGCGUCCCUAGUGGCGCACUGCUCGAGCAGAUGGCCCCGGACAGCACGCUGACUGUCAGCCUCGAUGACGGCGAGGCAUGGAUUGUACGCGCAGAUCCAUUCAAUGUACGAAGUCGGCAGAUCCCGAUCCUCACUUCCAACGCAGAUGCUGGCAUGGAGACUGGAGCGAGAACUGUGCCGGCUCUUGUUAGUACCUGGAGACCCAAGAAAGCAAUUGAAUUCGAGGUCCGAACUACCCUCAUUCCCGCCUUGGAGCUGUGGCCAGGAUGGCACUUCCGUAUACACAAGGUGAGGUGGUCCCCGGCGGCCAUCGAACCUGGCCCAAUCAGAGUCGUUGACGCAGGCUUUGCGGCUUCUGGUCUAGCAAGAACAGGCCGGUUGUGUACAGAGAGCGAAUUGAGGAUGCUGUUGGAUCAGGAUGCCGCCGUAGUAGAAGCAUGGGGGAAAGACGAACAUAGUUGUUUGAUCCUCUCGGAUGGUAGCGCGAGUGGCGUGGUUGAUUUACAACCGGAUUUGACGCUUGCGCCGUGUUUAGGAGAUGGCAGGCUUGAGAGCAAAAGCCCAUUGAUGCUGCGAGCUGAUGCAAAUACUAAUUUAAUCAUGCAAAGGACUUUGAUACCCGCGGUUCAGCACAUGCUUGUCGCGGACUCUGAGCGCAAAUCUGCGGCUGAGAUGUGGUUAGCGACGGGAAUAUUCGCAGUUUCAAAGACGUCUGGUAUUGACGUUACGGAGGUGCGGAGAUUAUGGUUCAAAAGACCCAAAGUACAGGUGACAGCAAAGCCAGGGGACGAAGAUGAGAUCCGAAUCAUGCUACACUGA